AUGGAAUACUAUUAAAGUUUAUAUGACUCUUUUGUUGCUAUUGUAGGAGAAGGUGUUUGCACAGAUGAUGAAAUCAAAAAAUAUAUUUAGUGGGGCAAUGGAAAUCUAGAGAUAUCCUUGAAUUAUUAUUUUUAAUAGCAAACAAAAAGCAGUGGAUUUCAAUCUAUAUCUUAAAAAAAUUAAUCUACUUCCAUAAAAAACAAUUCUAGCUAAUAAAAUGGUAUGAAAACAAGGCAAAGAAGUCAAAACUAGCAAAAACAAUAAAAUAGAGAUAGCAAUAAUAACAAUUAAGCCAAAUUAUAAUAGGCUGUUCCUCAAUCGCAAAAAUCAAAAGCUCUCAAUAAUGAUCUCAGUCAAUAAAGGGAUACUAGUUUUUAAUAAGAUGAAGAAGACAAAUAUUAGGAAUUUCCGAAACAGUAAACAGUAAAUGCAUUCUAAAAAUUAUAAGAAGGAAGCAAAAAAAUGAGGGAGUUUGAUAAAAUUAUUGAGUAGCUCAAAGAAGAGUAUAAAAAACCAGUAUAAUCAAUUGUAGAAAAGAAGCUUUCUGUUAAUAAAGAUGAGUAUAGCAAUGAUUUUAACAAAGACUAGAUCUAUUAAGAACAUAGUGAAGAUAAUUCUUUCAAUGUAAACCUUGAUUAUUUACCAUCUAUCUUGAGACGCCCGAAUCCCGAAGAAGCACAAAUUCCUCAAAGUUAUACUGCAAAACCUCAUAUUGAUUUUAGUUAAGUAGAACAGAAAAUAUAUUAACUAGGAUAAAAUGAAUAACUAAAUUCAAAAGAUACUGAUAAAAGUGAUCUAAGAAAUAACUAGCCAAUUUUCGAAGACAGAGACAUGAUGGACAAAAAUAAUUAACAAAAUUAAAAUAAUAAUAUAAAGCAAGAAGAACCUGAAGAAUAUAAUAACUAUAUAAGCAAUUAAUAAUCAGAAUUAGCUUAGCAACAAAACUAAUUCUUUUAAGAGAGAAAUAAGUCUUACUCAGCACAAAGCUUUGAUAAGUUAAAUAUUUCUUAAGUACCUAUUAAGGCUCGCUUUUAAUCUGAAACUAAUUUAAAUGACAAUAUUUAAGGAAUAGAAAAUUCAAAAAAAAAAACCUAAAGCUAUGAAUCGUUUGAAUAAGGAAUUAAAGAUGUUAAGUAAAGUGAAGAAUAAAGCUUGCAGUUUCCUUGCUACUUGGGACAGUUUAUUUUAACAGGGCAUGCACUCACUUCUUCAAGAUGUGAUAUGAAAAAAGGAGAUGAUGUCAUAUUAAAAAUCGAAAGAAAUGUUUAAACAAAUAUUGCUAAGAAUAAACAAAAAGCUAAAAAAAGUGGGGGUUAAACAACUUAGUAAAUGAUUAUUAGGCUUGUUUGGAGAGAAAGAGAAGUUGGAAGGUUAGAUAAUAACUAUGCACAAGUUCUCUAUCCUUUGAUAGAUAGAAAUUAUAUAUUUAUUUAAGGUUAAUUUGAAUAUGCCCCACCAUAUCUCUAAGCUUUUACCUAAAUCAGAGUAUCAGUCAAAGUGUCUCUACUAAAAACAUGUAUAACCAAACCAAUCACUUAAAUUAUAGAAGAAAAUUCUAAUACAAAGGAAAGUCAAAUUCUCAGAAUAUACAGUGAAACUAAAGAUUAAUUUGCUCAACUCUUUGAGUGGUUAAAUAUGUAGAUGGUAACUCCCACCUUAAUUCAAGUGAAGGGUAAGAAGAAAAAUUAACAAAUUAAUAGUAAAGAAAGAGAUUCAAUAGCAAAUAAUAGAAGCAGUUUUAAUGAAUUAAAUAAUUAAAAUUAAGGAUAAAAUUUCCAAAAUUCAUUAAAAAAAGAAACUUUAAGUGAUGAUAAAGGGUUUGAAGAAGAAUAAAAUGAACAAAAAAAAAACUCCAGUAAGAUGCUCUCUGAAGAUGAAGAAAGAGAGAGCUACUAAAAUGAAUCUAGUGAUGGUUAGAAACUAUAAGAAGAUAUAUUUGGAAACCUACAAGAAGCUGAGUAAGACAGUAAAAGAAUGAUAGCUGAAGAAGAAAGCUUAGAUAUUUCUUAAGAAAUAAACAAUAUUUUAAAUGAUUAAAGCAAGUCAAAUAAUAAUAGUUGUAAUAAUAAAUAUACUCAUUAAGAUGCAACUAGUUCUGCACCAAAAAUUAAUUUGAAUGACCCAUUUAUUAAGCUUCCAAAAUAGAAAACCCUUUUUAGCUUCAAAUUGUAAAAUAAGAAACCAGAUUAAAAUUAGGAGUAACAAGAAAGAUCUGUUCGUUAAAGCAACAACUAGCAAGUUGCAGAAAACAAAGAAGAAAAUAAAUCUCAAGACCUAGAUUAUGAGCAAUUAUUUAACAUUGUCCCUGGCACAGAUGGCUAAGUAACUGAACUUUAAUACUCAGAGCCACCUUCCACAUUUAAAACAUCUCUUCACAAUUAUUAAAAAUAAGCUCUAACAUGGAUGCUCUCUCGUGAAGGUAAAUAAACUGACAUGAAUGAAAUUAUUAAAAGAGAUACAAGAACUUUGCACCCUUUAUGGGAAAAAUAUGCUUUGCCUUGCUCAUUGAAAUUCUUUUUAUAUUUUAAUCCUUAUUCGGGAUAAGUCAGUACUUAAUUUCCUAGAGCUUAAAGUGAUUGUAGAGGUGGUAUUCUUGCUGAUGAAAUGGGUUUGGGUAAAACUGUAAUGAUGCUCAGUCUUAUACAUUCCAACAAAAGAAAAAAUCACUAAUAUAUUGCAAAUAUAAAAGAAGAGGACGAAACUGAUUUAACAGAUGAUUUAAACAAUUUUCUAAGUCUAAAAGGAGGAAAUACAGGUUAACAAAACCAAACCACUAUAACAGCCGCAUUUAAACCAAAGCAAAAGAACCAAACUCUGGUUUAAAUGGCUAAGAAAGAUGCAGGUACUUUAAUUAUUGUUCCUGUAACUCUCCUUCAAUAAUGGAUGGACGAAAUUUAAUGUCAUUCAUCACAAAACAGUCUAACCUAUUAUGCAUAUUAUGGAAAUAACAGAGAAAAUAAUUUAAACAUUUAUGAUGUAGUUAUCACUACUUACGGAACUAUUUCGAGUGAAUUUGCAUCUUAAUCAAACUUAAAUAAUAAAAAUCUUUACAAAUUUAAUUGGCAUAGAAUAGUGCUUGAUGAAGCUCAUUACAUAAAAGGGAGAGUUAUAUAAAUAGCAAAGGCUGUUUACAGUCUUUCAGGUGAUAAUAGGUGGUGUAUGACAGGAACACCACUACAAAAUAAGCUAGAUGAGUUGUUUCCUUUAAUUCACUUUAUCAAACUUGAACCAUGGAGUGAUUAUAUUUGGUUCAAUAAUUAUAUAAACAAGCCUCAUGAGAAAGGUGAUUUAGUUGUUUACGAUGUCCUUAAAACUAUCUUACGUCCUAUAUUGCUUAGAAGAACCAAAAAGAGCAAAGAUAUUCAUGGAAGAAGUAUUAUUAGCCUUCCAGAGAAACAUUGCUUCAUAGAGAAAGUUGAGUUCACUCCUGAAGAAAGAAUGUUUUAUGACAAAGUUCACCAAACUUCCAAAGAAGAAUUUGAUGGAUUUCUAUCUCAAGGCGUCCUUCUUUCUAAUUAUAUGAAAGUGUUCGAGCUUCUAUUAAGACUUAGAUAGAUCUGUGAUCACAUAUUUUUGCUGACAACUAGAGGUGACGUAACCAACACAGAUGGAUUAGAAUAAAAAAUUAAGUCCUUUGUUGACAGGCGUAACAAAGCCUUGAAAGAGCAAACUGAGCAAAUUGAAAAAAAGGGAAAAUCUGUUUAUCUAUAAAAUUAAUAAAAUCAAUUAGAGCUUCUUGAAAGUACGAAUGGUUCAGUUGACUCUAAACACUCGCACUUCGAAGUAAUUUUAGAUGAGAACAAUGUUGAAUAGAGAAUAGAAAUUCCAGAUAACUUUAACUUCGACUAUUCAGAAUUAUAUUUGAAUAAAGUAGUUGAAGACAUCAAGUACAAUAAAAUAACUUCAUGUAACAUUUGCUUAGAAGAUAUGGAAGAUGCUGUCUUAACAGCAUGUUUGCACGUUUCAUGCCGUUUAUGCGCAAUACGUUCCAUUGAAUUCACUGGAAUGUGCCCAAUUUGCAGAAAAUUCAUUUCUAAGGAAGACAUUAUGACUGUACCGAGAAACAAUAGGUUUACUUUUGAUCCUACUUAAAAGUACAUAAGAAGCUCAAAAAUAAAUGCUGUAAUGAAUUACAUUUAAAACUUAUAAAAAACUGAUGAUAAAUGUUUAGUGUUUACAUAAUUUUUGGGCAUGAUGGACUUAUUUGAAAUAGAUUUCCAAAAAAAUAAAAUUCCUUAUCUAAGACUAGAUGGUUCAGUUAAUUAAAAAUAAAGAGCUGAAAUAAUUAAAAGAUUUAACGAAGACAGCUAAUACAAAGUUUUCAUGAUUUCAUUAAAGGCAGGAGGUGUAGGUCUUAAUCUAGUGAAAGCAAAUCAUGUUUUGAUGGUAGAUCCAUGGUGGAAUCCAGCAGUGGAAGAACAAGCAAUAGAAAGAUGUCAUAGAAUAGGACAGAAAAAAGAAGUAUUUGUUACUAGAUUUAUUUGUGAUGACUCUAUUGAGUCCAGAAUGAUUAAACUUCAUGAAGAAAAAAGAGACCUCUUUGAAAAUACAAUACAAGCUACUAAAAAAGAUAAAAAAGAAUAAAACAUAGAGCACUUUAAAUAUCUAAUGUCAACAUAUUGA